CAGACACAGCAUGGAUGCAGCUAGUGUGUGCAACAGCAGAUCAGGUUGUCCUGGCUCCUACAGAUGCUUCACGGGACGCUGAGGAGGAGCCAGCAUGUCCGUUUCUGUGAUAACAGACACGUAUACGUCCAUCGACCGGCCGGCGGUCUCUGAGACCCCCACCGGUGCUAAUGCUACAGAGCGGGAACGAGACGCCCUGCUGGCCGUGGCCGAGGUGGUGGUGCUGGCGGUCAUCUUUGUGAUGGCGUUACUUGGCAACGGGCUGGUCCUGGUGGUGUUGCUAAGACGAAGGCGACACCACAACCCCCUGCACCAGUUCAUGCUGAACCUUUGUGUGGCUGACCUGGUGGUGGCGCUGUUCCAGGUGUUGCCCCAGCUCGUGUGGGACGCUAAGGGACGCUUUCCUGGUCCUGACUUCUUAUGUCGCCUGGUGAAGUACCUUCAGGUUCUUGGAAUGUUUGCCUCCUCCUACAUCAUCGUGGCCAUGACAGUGGAUCGCCACUAUGCUAUCUGCUGCCCCCUGCAGGCACAUCGCAGCGGGGCCACGAAGCGCUGGAACAGCUUCAUCGUGCUGGCCUGGGUACUGUCGCUGCUGCUCAGCCUGCCACAGGUCUUUAUCUUUUCCCGUUCUGAGUUGGCUCCAGGUGUGUAUGAAUGUUGGGGCAAUUUUGCCGAGUCCUGGGGCCUCAAAGCCUACGUGACGUGGAUGACGCUAGCCAUCUUCAUCCUCCCCGUUCUGAUCAUCACCAUCUGCCAGGUGCGAAUCUUCAAGGAGAUUCAUAACAAUCUGUACCUGAAAUCAGACUGCCGCCUCUCUGCUGAGGUACCGAGAAAUAAAUCCCAUACAGUUGUUGAGAAGCAAGGUGGAGAGGUAACAGCAGCCAUGUCAAAAACGGUGAGGAUGACGCUGGUCAUUGUGCUUGUGUACUCGCUCUGCUGGGCCCCGUUCUUCAGCGUCCAGCUCUGGGCCGCCUGGGACCCUGACCCACCUCAGAACGGUGUAGCGUUUACCCUGCUGAUGCUGUUGGCCAGUCUAAACUCCUGCACCAACCCCUGGAUCUACUCCGCCUUCUCCAGCAGCGUCUCCCCGGAGCUUCGUCUGCUGCUUCACUGUCGGCCGCACACUCGGCGCCGAGCUUCCGAAACAAACGACUCCACCAUCACGCACACCUCCAACUGAACACUGGACACGAUGAAGAGCAACUCCCUCUCAGUGGCACAGCUGAGUCGGCUGAUGUUUAAGGAAAUAUUAGUUGAACUUUUAAAAUGAGACCCGAGUGAACCCAUGUGAAGGGGCGCUGAAAAUGAACAGGGGUGAGUGGAGCGAGGAUUUUUAUUACAAUAGAAAUAUGUGGAAAAAAAUUCUAAAACAAAAAUGUAACUGUGUGUAUUGCCUUAGCCAUGAAAAACACAAUAACUACAUUAUUGGGCUUCGGCACUGCAGAGCUCCAUCACUCACACA